AUGAUCGUACAGCGUGUUCCCAAUGUGCGAUAUUAUACUUCAUUACCGUAUAGUAAAAAACUUUUCUGCGCCAGUGAAGAAGUUCGUCGCGGAUUAGAAGAAAAAAAAGCGAUUGUUGCAUUAGAAACAGCCAUAUUAACACAUGGUCUUCCGAAACCAAUUAAUAUUGAAACACAAUUUGAAAUUGAACAAAUUGUUCGUAAAAACGGUUGUAUUCCAGCUACGAUAGCACUUAUCGAUGGUCAAAUUAAAAUCGGUCUAACUCAUGAAGAGAUUGAACGAUUGGGAUCAACAGAUAAGCAAACAUUUAAAGCAUCACGACGAGAUUUACCCUAUUUACUAUCACAAAAACUAACAGCUGGUACUACUGUCUCUUCAACAAUGCUCAUUGCACAUCGUCUUGGAAUUCCCAUAUUUGCAACAGGAGGUAUUGGUGGUGUUCACCGGGAUGUCACAGAUACAUUUGACAUUUCAGCUGACCUUGAUGAAUUUGGUCGUACACCAGUAUGUGUUGUAUCAAGUGGUGUAAAAUCCAUUUUAGACAUUCCUCGUACACUAGAAUAUCUUGAAACAAAAGGCGUUGGUGUUUAUACGUAUGAUACGACAGAUGAAUUUCCAAAUUUUUUUACAAAAUCAAGUGGAUAUCGUUCGUGUGGCUCAGUGAAAACUAUCGAAGAUGCAGCACAGCUUGUAUUCAAUAUGUUGGAAUUAAAUUUACAAUCUGGUCUUCUAUUAGCGGUACCAAUCGAUGAAGAACAUGAAUUACAAGGGCAAAUGAUUAACAAUGUAAUUGAAGAAGCAUUAGAUUUAGCUAAAAAACAGAAUAUUAGAGGAAAUAAAGUAACACCGUAUAUUUUACAAGAAGUACGUCGUUUAACUGAUGGACAAUCAAUACCAACAAACCAAAAAUUGAUUUAUAAAAAUGCAAAAGUGGCAGCACAAAUAGCAGCUGCUCUUUCAAAAUUACAAUAUCAACAACAUCCUUGUAUGACAUCAAAAACUGAUAAAAAUGAAAAAUCUCAACUGUUAGUUAUUGGUGGUAUUAAUAUAGAUAUGCACAUAAAAUUAUGUGAAAAAUUUAAAAUUGACAGUGGUUCAACUUUAAAAUCUCAGAUCAACUAUGAUAUCGGUGGCGUCGCUUAUAAUAUAACUAAUGCACUUGGAUUAUUUAAUGUCCCAGUUCAAUUCUUGUCGGUGUCAGGAACUGACAAUUUGCUGUCAUCAACCUUAUUAACAUCACGACAACAAUUAAUCAUAAAAGCGAUAGAGAAUCAACUAACAGCAACCUAUGUAUCAUUGUUAGAUGAAAAAUCAAAUGAAUUGUUAUGUGGGUUUGGUAGUAUGGAUAUUUAUGAACAUUCUCUUACACCACAGUUUAUUGAAGAAAAUAUUGAUUACAUUCGAAACAAUAAUUCGAUUAUGUUUGAUGCUAAUUUGAGUGAGGCUACUAUGGAUUGUAUAGUUAGAAAAGCAAUUGAAUAUCAAAAGUCACUUGUAUUUAUUUCAGCCGGUGGUCCGAAAAAAGCAAUGAAAAUUCGAAAUUUUAUUCAACAUUUAAAUAUGCUAUUUUGUAAUCGUUUAGAAUUAGAAGCAAUCAUUAAUAAUGAUGAUAAUUGCAAAGACAAUAUUUCACUAGCUUUGCAUAUGCGCACAUUAAUGAAAUCAAAUAAAAAUAUGAAAUUUAUUUGUGUUACACUUGGUGCUGAUGGUGUAAUGAUUAGUGUACGAAACGAUAAUGACGAUUCAAAUGAGAAUUUUUGGAUUAAACGAUAUCAAUUAAAAUCCAACUUAAAUAACAAGAUUGUUAAUGUUACGGGUGCUGGUGAUUCGUUAUGUGCCGGUAUACUAAGUCAAAUAUUGACAAAUAAAAAAAACGAGAGUGCAAUUAUAUGCGGAUUAUUAGCGGCCAAAGCAACAAUUCAAGACAAAAAAACAAUAUCAAACAAACUAUCGUUAAUCACCGAUCAAAUGAUAAAUGACACGUAUAAGAAUGAUGUCAGUAUUGAACAAUACUAA